CGCUGUACCUCACAGUGAUACAUGUAUAAACCGACGCGCGGUUCCCACACUGCGGUGAUAGGAAACAGCUGAUUGAGAAGCUCGCAGUGUGGGGAGGGAUAAUCAUUUUCUGAGUGCUAUUUUUAAUUCCACGUGUCAUAACUUCAAGCCCCCAGUCUGAUACUAAAGGCUAACCCAACAGCAGAAAAACUUAUCCCGCCACGAGACAUGUGAAACUCACCACAUGUCUUGCGACCGGAGUAGUUAAAAAAAUAGAUACAGUCAAAAAAGGUUUAGUAGUACUUUAUGUCAACUUUGGUUGUUUCAGACAGCAUUGUUUAAAUGCCCUCGUCAAUCGGAUCCAGUGGGGCGUGAAAUACCCUUGGAACAUUGGAUUGGCACCAUGAAUACAUGGCAAUAUGGGAAUAUUAUAAAGUGAGUUUGAAAUGAACAGACAUCUGUUGCGCCUUGCAUCUUACUGCUUGAAAUCUAUAAGGCGGGUGACAGUGUGUAUUGAUUCAGACAGCGGACUGCAGUAGAGUACAUGGAGGCAUUAAAGUCGUACUUCAGUAAAUUUAGGAAACAUCGCAGUGUUUCCGGGGACAGGGGCAUCUCUCCAACCCGAAGGAAAAGAAACAAAUUCCGGAAACGGAGUUUGAACGACAGUCAUUCAGACGAUGACGACAAGAAUGGAAGCAUCACUGUGGACCCUCUCCGGAAUAACGACCCAUUUUCUCACAACAGUAAUGUUUCGGCGGUUAGGAGCAUUUACGAGAAACCGCUCUUGAUGGACGUUUUGUCCAACUGUAGCAAACAGGAGAACUCACACCGGGAAAAAUCACCCCCUCCGGCUAAACCCCCGCGCAAGGACCAAGUAUUUACCGUCACUUUCCAAAAUUUUCUUCCGCGGGAACUUGGGAUAGUUUUAGGAGUAACUCAGGACUACAGGGUGAGAUGCAGACUUCGGAGCGAGGGGUCGGCCGAAAGUACACCGAUAUGUGACAAGAAUUCAGUGAUUCGUGUCUUAUUCAUCAAAGAUGGAAGCGCGGCCGCCGCGAGUGGUCAAGUUCGUGUGGAUGACGAGGUCAUUAGUGUGAACGGGUGGAAUAUGGCCCGGGAGAACACGAGCAGUGCUAGGUUGUUGUUGGCAAAUGCAGUGAGAUCUGGAAAAGUCACCAUGACACUGAGGAGAAAGAAGAAACGCCCAGCACCCCCUCCACCUACCAACCAGGGCACACCUGGAAAGUCCACAGAAGAUCAUGAAAAGGAAAACAAAUCCAUCAUGACACAAUCAUUAGAUUCGUUGCCAGGCAACUCAGGGAGCCAUGACAACUGGUACCUUGGCAGCAGAGACAAUGGCAGCUCACUGACUUUAAAUUCCAUGGGUAGCUAUGGAAAUGACAUGGGGUCAACGGACGAUGUUUUUAUGGAGAAUUCUAGUGAACAUUCGCGUGUGUUACAACAUCAAGCUUUUAGUGAAAGUGCAAUAUCUAUGUCUACUUCUCAAAUAUCUAAAUCAGACUAUGUCAAUGUGAGCAUAGGAAACAGUAGAACUCAUAGUGCCUCUAUCAUUGAUGAUGUGGUGGAAUGGAAUACUGACCCAAUAAACUUAACACAGGAUGUAAUGGAAACAGUGAAUACUGCUCAGAUGACCUUGAAAAAUCGAGGGAAAGCAAGUUCCCUGAAGAGUUCCAUGGAGCAAGAUCUGAGCAUGUACAGCUCUGACCCUGAACUUAUCAGUAUUAACACAAGCAAACAUCUUUACAAGAAGAAUAAGAAGGGGUGGCGGUACCACCAGGAUCGAGGUGGUACCCAGACCCCCACCUCCUGUUACAGCUCAGACAGUGGGGGCAGCAGUCAUGUUCCUAAGAAAAGGGUUGUUGCAAAAAUGCAUUUACUGAAGGAUGAGAAUGGUCUGGGAAUCCAUAUUGCUGGUGGAAGGGGCUCCAAAAAGGGGGACAUCGGGAUCUUUGUGGCCGGUAUCACAGAGGGAGGGGCUGCAUUCAGAGAUGGUCGGUUGAAGCGUAGUGACGAAUUACUGAUGAUAAACGGGAAGAGUCUGAUCGGGUUGUCUCACUCCGAGGCAGUGGAUGUCCUCAGGAACUCCCCCAAACUGGUCCAGCUCGUGGUGGCCUCAAAGGUCAGGAAUUCUUCCUCUGUGACUUCCACAGGGUCCUCCUCUGUUCCUAGCCUGUGUUCCAUUCCAUCGUCCCAGCAACAUCCCACAGAGGCCAUGACCUCUGACCUUCCAGUGCCAGAGGUCACUGCUCAGACACCCAGUGGAACUGUUUUCAAUUGGGAAGAUUUAAUGGAGAAGUUUGCACUGCCGCUUGACCAUUCCGACAGAACGUCAAAAUCCAAGGAUCAGAUGAACGACCUCACUCAAACAGUUACCGUCCACAAGGGGGCCCAAGGGAAAGGACUUGGAUUCACCAUUGUAGGGGGAAGUGACUCAGAAAAGGGCAAUCUGGGUAUCUAUGUCAGAAGAAUUCUACCUCAUGGGCUUAUAGCUGAGGAAGGCAGCAUCAAAGAGGGGGAUGAGAUUCUGAAGGUCAAUGACCAGCCAAUCAAAGGGCUUACUCACAAAGAGGCCAUACACAAAUUUAGAUCGCUCAGAAAAGGACCAGUCUCAAUAACUUUUACCAGAAGGUCAAGGUCUCGGGCCUCCAGCCCUUCCCUGAGGUCAGGUAGAAUAACGCCAGUGGAAUUCUCCUCCGAAGGAAGCCCAGUUUCUACCCCAGGCCAUUCCCCUUCCCCAAGCUUUGAUGACCUUGCCACAUUCUGUGAUGAAAUUCUAGGAACGCAUAAACGUUUUUCUGAUAUUAGUAAUUAUGACAAUAGACUCAGUGAUUCUCUAGAGGAAAGAGUACCAAGUGAAGUUAGCAACAGACUCUCAUCCAAUUCUGAUUUUAGCCAUUCAGGAAAAGACAACUCUCUACAGGAAAUCCUGCUUCAAAAAGAGAGUGGAAUAGGACUAGGAAUCUCUCUCAUUAGGAAGGACUGUAGGGGCAUGAGUCAGAUAUUUAUACAGGAUGUUUACACAGGCUCCCCAGCAGACAAAGAUGGCAGGUUAAGGAGGAGGAUUUGUGAUGUAGAAUUGAGACCCAGAAAUAAUCCUGUUGAUGAACCAGCAUCCAUUACAGGAAUGACUGAUCAGGGUGAAAAAGUGAAGGCUGCAUCUUUGCCGAUAGAAAUCCAGAGAAAAUCCAAAAUGGAGGGGAGUACAACAGAUUCAGAUUUCUCGGAUCUUGACAUCCAAACUUUUGAAAAGAAACCUUCCACAUCCCCUCCUCCCACCAGAUCAAACAACUCUCCUUAUGGAUCUCCCCACAAGAGAGGCUAUCCCCCAAACGUGGAUAAUUUCAGUGUGGAUAAAUUUAACUCAGAACAAAGUCCGAAGAAAAGAAAUUUAAAUCAGUAUCCUUUUGGUCCAGGGAAAGAGAACUUGUUUAAUCUGAACUGGACAAACUCGUUAUCGUCUCGAGACAGUGCAAUAGGGGGCUCAUUGAUGAGUACCCUCGGUUCAGCCCUCACUGAUACCUCAAGCUCAUAUGAGACAAACUCAGAAUCUGAGCUCAGUUCAUCUGGUCACAGUGUAUAUGGGAGGUACCAGAAAAUAGAUGGCUCGUCUGGCGAUUCUAGCGAAGAGGAAGUUCUGGUUUUGCACCGAUUACCGGGUGAAAAUCUCGGGAUGAUUCUGGGAAUAGACAGUGAUCCGGCACAUCAGACAGUCCGAUCUGUUUAUGUGAAAACUGUGACAAUAGGGGGAGCUGCAUACAGAGCAACGGGCAGCAAGAAGGGAAUACAAGAGGGUGACCAGAUCCUGCAAAUCAAUGGAACAGACUUAAACAUCUUGACUCAUGAUGAAUGUUUGACUGUGCUGAGGGAAAUGCCUCUCAGAGUCAUCCUUAAGAUUCGCAGAGGGAAAAAGAAGGUAAAGACAGCUGUAAAGCUCUCUCCUCCCCUGUCCUUGGGAAGCAGGGGAAGUUUUGGGGAUAGUCCGAGUCCUCUGAUUUAUUCUGAAUCAUCUAGUUAUUCUGAGAGUGAGGAAGAUGAUGGAAAACUGGAAGGGUUCGCUCAGAUCCAUGUGGAAAUUGACAAACAUCCCAAUGAGAGUCUUGGUCUAUCUGUUGUCCCAAGCUAUGGAUCCACAAGACAGUAUUAUCAGAUAAAGCGACUUUUGCCCAGUGGAGCUGCAGCUCGAAGUCAACAGAUUCGUGUGGGAGACCGCUUAGUGUCCUGUAAUGGGAUUAAUCUACGUAAUGUGUCACAGUCCAAAUGUCUUUCAGUUUUGAAAUCGGAAGGCAAUUCUGGUGAUUUAGAAUUAGAACUUCUCAGACCCAAGGAGAAUGAGGAACAGUUGGAGAUUUCUCUGAAGGUUUCCCACAAGGACUCACCUCUGACCUUACACUCGCCCAGUCAACAGAGGAAGAAUUUCAUAGCAGACAUACCGGAGUCCGACUCGGAUAAUGAAGUUGUGCUCAAUAAAUUUCAGUACAUUGAUAACACUGGAGUCGAUAGAGAUCUGAGGCCACAUAACCUUAGACCCAACAUUCCGAGUGAAAAGUUAGAUAAUAGUGACGCUGAUCAGACUAAACAAAACAUCAAAUUAAAAUCUACAAAUUCCAAAAUGGAUGAAGGGGGGGAUUCUUGGAAUUACGCUGUUCCUCCACCCAUGGAGUUUUCCACCUAUGGGCCUGCAGUGCCCCCACCUGCUGAGUUCUCAGAGGGACAAAGCCCAAUAUUUAACCAAUCAAACAAUGGAAUUCCUGUCACAAAUAUUGAUGAAAUCAUUAAUUCCUACAGACCAGUAGUCCAAAGUAAUGAUAACUACAUUCCACAAGCAGACACAGAUGACACAGGAUUUCAUGCUCAUGAAAAUGGCUCCUUGAACAAUUCUCUUACUGAUUUUGAUGACAACUUACCAGGGGAGGAGGGAUUAAAUGUGAUGGAUGGUUUUCAGGGAAUUAACAACAUGAACUUGGAAGAAGAUCAGGGUAAGAAUGUUGAGGAUAAUGACAAUGAUGUAGAACCUUUCAUUCCCCCUGCCCCUGUCAAUACUGAAGACCUUGAUUUUGAUACCAAACAUUCCAAUGAAGAUGAUGACUUUAUUGUCCCUGUCAAAGUGCAAAGACAGAAGCACAUUCCAUUUGAAUCCACAGUCAAUGUUUCAUCUACUGGCUCAUCAGAAAUUGAGGAAGAGCAUAUAGUUCCCUCAAUUGAAGAGCGCAGGAGAAUUCAACCAUCUGCUACCAUAAAAUUAGAGGAGAAAAAAUAUGAGGAGCUACAACCAAAACCAGUACCCCAACCCAGAGUCAAACCAACCAUUAUCAAUGUUCAACAUAGUCCAGUUCCAUCAAGCUCAGCCACGCCCGAAGAGCCAGCUGUGGAGGAAGAAAUGGUCAGCAUGGAGUUCAAAGAGAGGCAAGCAGGAAAUGAAAGUUUUCUUAAGAAAUUAGGAGGUGAGGUGGAGGAAGAAAUAGUUCCAGUGCAUGUGAAGAGAGACCAGGUGAAGAAUGUAGCAAAACUUGCUGUCAUCACAAAUAUGUGGUCAAAAUCUACCAGCAAAAGCAAGGAUACAGCUAGUGAAAAUAAUGCUGAGAAAAAAAAUCUAAAGAGUGUGAUCAAUGUUUUGAACUCUGCACCAAAGCAAGAGAACUCAAACAAAGCUGAUAAUGAUAAAAUUGAUGAGACUAAAGUUGUCAGGGAGGAAGAGAAACCUGAAGCAAAAGAACAAGGUAUUCACAAAAAUGUUAUAAAAGUGGAAGCUCCUGUUUCUUUGGAUGCUGAAAAUGUGAAUGCAAUACCUGAAUAUGUGGAUACCAAGUCCAAAAAUGUAGAUAAAAAGCCUGAUAUUUUGGAUGAUAAAUCUCCAAAACUUAGCUCUAGUUCUCUUGAAGAAAUUAAAGCAACUGACACUACAUUACCCCCACAGACUGUUACAGUUAAUAGUACUAAAGUGCAGGUCAAGACUACCGAAAAAGAAAAUGUCUCAUUUACAUUAGCUACAGAUUCAAAAGAUGUGCCUCCAUCUUCCUCAGUAGCAAGUAAAGCAACAGAAGAAAGUGUUUCCUCUUCCAAACCUGCAGAGGUUUCUCCACCAUCCCCAUUCAAAUCAUCCAUAGGAAUCACAAAACCAACCAGCCUUCUGAGUACCAUAAGGUCACAAAACCCUUCCUCUGCAACGCUGAAGCCUCUGUCCUCCAUCAAACCCAUUGCUGUAACUUCCAAGACGUUUUCUAUGGGUAGGCCCGGGGGUCUCUCCACCUCGUUGUCCACCGGUCGUCACUCACUCCUCUCCACAAUCCACGGGACCUCCACUUCGACAAAAAGCACCCGCUCGGAGGAGGAACCAUUUUUAGUCAGCGUACUAAAGGGAAUCCUGGGUGUAGGGAUGAAAGUGAGUACUACACCAGAAGGAUUUGUCAAAGUGGAUGAGAUUCAGUCUAGUGGACCCAUUGCCAAGGAUGGCAAUAUUAGAGUUGGUGACUAUUUGCUGUCGAUAAAUAAUACAGAGCUGACUGGACUGCCUGACAGCAAGAUUCAACAAAUACUCAGACUUCUCCCCAGGGGCAUUGCCAAAAUCCUUGUGUCUGUCAAACCUCCCCCCUCAGAUGGAGCAGCUAGACCGACCAAUCUUAGUUUUGGCAGUAGUGAGUCUACCCAAUCCAAGCACUCCCCGCUGUCUUCUCCUCGGACAAUGUCAAAGACAUCCUCCAUGUCUCCUGCCAUGUCUCCAAGGCAACCAGUAGCAUCUCCACUGACUCCAUCAUCCCCCAAGCAGCCAUCUACACCAACCUCCAAGACACCUGGGGAAGAACCAGCAGUGACAGUGACCAUUAACCAUGACCAGCACUCACCAGAGACCAAGAAGACGCCCCCUCCAGUGGCCCCCAAGCCCAAACAUUCCAUGGUGCCUGAGCAAAGCAAGCCUGGUUCUCACUGGGGAGGAGGGGGAUAUGUUAGCUCUGCAGUGGGAAGGUCCCACUCCUUUGGGAAGAAGGAACCCCAAACAGUUGAGAGCAAGCCUCAUAUACAGCCAAGGAAAGCAGACUAUGUGUCCUCUGCCAGAAAAACAGUUCAUGAUAAGGAAGAAAAAGAACCAAUUGAUACUGUGGUCUUUGCUUCUGUGGAUUUUAACAAAAUGAAUGCUAAUUCAAGGCAUUCAAUUGGAAAACCAAAGGGAAAGAAUGUUCCAGAGCCAAAGAUGAUUCCUAAAGGACAUGUUGACUAUGUGUCCUCAGCCAGUCCUGCAGUGCCCUCAACAAAAACCACAUCACCAAAAUCAAAGGACAUUUCAUACUCACCUUAUGCGUAUGAAGAAGUUUCCACCAAAAUCUCUCCUGUGAGUCUGAACUCUGCAUUGAGUCCUCGACGAAAAAGUGAAGAUAAGUUUUCUUUUGGAGCUACACAUCCUGGUAACAGGACAAAAGGUAAGGAAGAUGAUCAGCACGAUAAUGUCUCACCUUUACCCUCACCUAAAAGUCCAGUCACCACCUCCCAGCACUCACCUGACAUCACCCCCACAUCCUUGGAGGUAGAGGUUGAAGUCAAAGUCGUCACUCCAGAAGAAGUUCGGCCAAAACCUGUGCCUCGCCCAAGGGGAUCCACCUCCGAACCAUCAUUGCAAGAUUCUGAGAAAGACUCCACAGAAACGAGCACCUCUCCCUUUGUUGUUAACACUGAUCAAGCCAGUGAUUCCAGCAGUGUUCAACCAAACAGCACUAUCACUGAAGACACAGUUCUUGUUGAUGUCACAGACAAAGCACAGAGCACUGAUGUUGAUAUUGUGCACAGCACAGAAGCACUGAACAAAAUCAAUGUUGCACUUACUGAUAGCUUCACACAAAAUGAUAUGCAAACAAAUGUAGAUGACAGUAAUUCAAAUGUUGAUGAAGAUGAUAAACCAGAAUCUUUGGCUUUAGAUGACACUGAUAGUGAAUUAUUUUCUAAAUUUGUGGAAGCAAUAGUUAAAAAUGCUAUUCAAAAAGGGAUUGAUGCAUUUAAAACUUCAGAAGCUGAGGACAUCGUGGUGGACAAUGAAGAAGGUAAGAUGGUAGAUGAAAUAUCAACAGAGCAUGACAAACACCCCACAGUGGUAAUGGAAACAAAGAGCUUACGUGCUUUCUUACAAAAACUGGACUCUUCUGAAAAGGAGGCCUCCACACCUGACUUAUACUCACAGAAUCAAAAUGUUGUAGCUGAAAACAUUGCUAAAGACAUGCUUAAGACAUUAGAAGAUGGUGCUGACAAUGCUAGCUUUACAUACACUACUAAAACAUCCGCAAAUACAUCCAAUGACUUACUUACUAAUACAAACCAUGGUGAACAGGUUGUUGAAUGCAUGUCUGUAUCCCUUGAUGCUUCUGUUGCAUGUAAUGAUGUUGUGUUGGAUUCACCCAAUCCAGAUAGCAUGGCUGUGGAUGAGGUAAAUGUGAAUACUGUAGCUUCAGAAGGAAAUAAUGUUAAUGCUCUCUUAAUUCAGGAACCAAAAUCGUGUACAGAACAACCAAGUGAAGACAUGGACAUUGUGAGUGAAUGUGUAAAUAGUGAGGAUUCUCAGGAAGAUUUGGAAAAUAUCGAAAUUAUCUUAAAUGAAAACAGUGUGGACACCUGUGAUUCAAUGCCUAUUGACUUUCUAGGGGGUGGUAUUUCUCAAAACAAAUUAACUUCUAUGGAUAAUUGUACAACUCAAAGCAGGAGACUGUGGGUCUUUUGUGCAGGAGAACAGUUCAGUUCUGAUGCUGUGAAUAUCAGUGCUAUCAAUGCCGCUCUUAGAGCUGUGGCACCGCUGGAUCUGGAAACUUUGAUAAACCAGGCCAAUGAGGAUUUAGAUUCCUAUGGAUACGGGUUGGAUGCCAGGCUUGUUAUUGUGGCAAUGAAUAGCAGUUCCUUAAGGGAAGGACUUGGGGUGCGACUCUCAUCUGUGGAGAACGGGCCUUUAAUAGUUUCAGGAGUGAUGGAGGGUAGCCUAGCAGAGAGGGAAGGUCACAUUCAGUUAGGAGACAAAUUUGUUUCUGUGGAUGGUGUUUCGGCAUCGUCUCUCUCCCCGGAGGCUGUAAUGAAUGAGAUGGAGGACUCUUCCUCUGGCCAUGUCAUUGUACUCACCAGGUUAGAGGAGGAUACUGAGGCCCCUCCCCCUACCCCUCUGGCUCCUCCCCCUACCCUGCCUGUCUCAGCACCCCCUGAUGUACCCUCUGAAGAGCCGGGAACCAAUGUGGUGGAAGAUGAAGCAUGCAAUGACUUUGAUGGUGUUGUCACUGACAGUGAAAAUGUCGAGUUGAAAGUGGAGAGACCUACUGAAAAUGUGGACAGUGAUAUAAAAGCCAGCGAGGCAGAUUUCACUGUGAAUGGUCCAGAAAAUAGUGUUAAUUCUAAUGAACUUGAAAAGCAUGAAAGUAACCUCACCCCAGAUUCCAUUAGUGUCACCAUUCCAGACCUAGCUGAAGUGUCAAGCCCUCAGGGCUCUCAAGACUCAGGGGUAGACACUCAGGACUCAGGGGUGGAUACUCAGGACUCGGGGGUUGACAGUCCAAGUCCUCUAGGUACCCUGACAAGCACUGAAGACUCUGAUGCCAAGGAGAGACCCAAGGUGGAUAUUGAAGAGAAGCAGCCAUUGUCUAAUGGGGAUCGUAAUCAAGUGUCCUCCCUUGUCUCUCCCCUCGACAGCCUAGGGCUUCUGUCUACAGCUCUUUCCGAUGAUACUGAUGACGACAAUGCAGAAAAAGAAACAUUUGAAGUCAUAAUGAACAAAGGUGUGACUGGGUUAGGGUUCCUGAUAGAGGGGGGAAAAGCCUCGGCCAAAGGAGACCAACCUCUCACCAUAAAGAGGAUCUUUAAAGGUGGCCCAGCAGAGAAAUGUGGCAUGCUGAAGGUCAAGGACGAGAUUUUGAUGGUCAACAAUCAGGAUGUCACGGAAAUGCGGCAUUCCGAAGCCUGGACUCACCUAAAGUUCCUGGAUGAGGGACCAGUGCAUUUACUGAUUCGCCGGAAAGUGCAACAAAGCAGCGAGUGAUCGAUAUUGGCUUCCUUGGGUUAAACCUGUUGUACCAAUAGAUGUUCAGUCAUUAGCAAAAUCAAAUUAUAUUUUUCAUAAUUAAGCCACAUCCAUCGUGAGAGAGGUUUUAAGAGAGCUUGGACCUGGAUGAAUAAGUUUACUGAAUCAAUCUCCAUAUUAUUUUGUUUAUACAGCACAAUCAUGUCUUUUGUUCUAAGGAUUCAAAUAAUCAACCUUCAGAGAACUGUAAGAUUUGUGCAAGAAUUUCAUGGAAAAUAAUGUUUAUCGAUAAUUUUUUUUUUUUUUUACAAAUUUUUACUUUUUUGAGGUGAAUAUGAUGUUAACAAUCCAGGAGGGAUAAUAUUCAUCAAGCCUGAAGGGCAAGGUCACUAUUAUCCUUCAAAGUUGUUGGACCAAUCACUUGAACAAUGAAAAAUAAAAAUAUUAAUAGUUCUAUUAUAUUCCUUCACAGUUAAAAAGUGUAUAUUCAUAUAACAGUUUAAUACAAAUAAUGUAGUUGAUAAACAUUCAUAGAUUUUGAAAAUAUUUUGCAGGUAAUAUGUAAAAUAUGAUUUACAAAUAAGGUCUCUUCUACUGUUCUAUAAUGGUAGCCAUGAACCGGUACAUGUUGAUCAUGUCUCGGAGAAUUCCUGUGAUAAAAAAAGCGCAAGUCUCCAAUGUUUACAUCAAGAAAGGAAAUUGGUCUCGUCAGUUAAACAAGCAUAUAGCACACAAUUCAGUAUUCAUGGCACAAAUGUAUCUGAAAUUGUCUCCAAUUUAUGUUAAUUGAUAUAUUUUGUUAAUGAUAUUACAUUAUGUAGCAACACUGUGUUUUAUCAUGUGUAUUUUGACUUGUUAUGGCACUGGACUGUUAUUGAAGCGCAGUGCUGUAUGUUGUUAAGUUUGUUCACAAUUGUAUAUAACCGUCUCAGGUGUACCUCACAAUAUUUCCACUCUUUUCAAAUACCCCAGGUGUUUCUAUAUCAGCCAUUACGUACUGAUCACAGUGUUAUCGAGUAUAAUGCACACAAAGUAGAUAGAGAAGUAUAUCAUGUGUUCAACUGGACAGUCUUCAUCUCUCCUGCUGCCUCUCAAUGAGUUGUACUCACUUCAGAUGAUAAAGCGAUCAAACACAUUCCAAGAUAUUCCCAGUUUUUAUGUCCUUCCCUCAGAACAAGUUUCAUAUAUAUGUUUUUUAAAAAAUAAGAACAGCUUGUAAAUUGUUAAAGAAAUGUUUCUGAUUAUUUCGUUUAUGCCCAACUUUGAUCAAUGUUCCAGUAAGCUUGGUGUUCUGUAUAAUUAUCUAGACUUAUAUCUAUUUGCAAUAUGUUUGAAUGAAGCAAUAUUUUCUACAUAUAUGAAAUAAAGUAUUUACCUAACAGUA